AGAUAUCAAAUAUUCCACGAUAAUUCGAUCAGAACUACUGCUAGAAAGACCCUGUUUUACAUAAUUUGACAAUCGUUCCCCAGACUGUCUGCCGGAGAAAAAAAGCAAUGGCUGCUGACUAACCAACACGGGAAACCGACGCCAUACGAAAAGAGCUGAUCAUGCAGCAUCACCACCUUCAACAUCGCCGGCGAUUUGUCUGUUGAGCCCAUCCUUUCCAUCAUCAUCAACAUCAUUACUACUGCUGCAUGUAUCGAUAUUUUGUGGAGAUUAUCAUCGUCUUGUACCGCCCUCGCCACCGCUGAUUCCAUGGAUCCGAUUGCUGCCCGUCUCCUGAUCUGAUCGUUGACUACCUACUACUACUGCUACUGCUAAACCCCAUGAGUCUGACAAACCCGCCUUCUUCCUCCGGUCCGUUAACUGCAAUUUCCAGGCCAACGGCGGCCUCCGUCAGUCAGAAUCUGUCGCUGAAAAGGAGCCUGCAGGCGGCUGUUGAUGAAGGCAUAGAGUCGAGGAAACCACCCGGAUCUGGGUAUACCAGCAAAGUCCGCGUGCGAGACCGGUAUCACAUUGUGGGUUUCAUUAGCAGUGGUACCUAUGGCCGUGUUUACAAAGCCCUCGCAAAAAAUGGCCGGAAGGGCGAAUUCGCGAUUAAAAAAUUCAAGCCCGACAAGGAGGGUGAGCAUAUCCAAUAUACAGGUCUCUCGCAAUCUGCGAUUCGAGAAAUGUCUUUGUGCUCCGAAUUGGACCAUCCCAAUGUAGUCCAAUUGGAAGAGAUCAUCCUGGAGGACAAAUGCAUCUUCAUGGUUUUCGAAUAUACAGAGCACGACCUCCUUCAAAUAAUUCAUCACCAUACCACGCCGCACCGACAUGCCAUCCCAGCGCCCAUGGUCAGGUCAAUCAUGUUUCAGCUGCUCAACGGCUUGUUCUACCUUCACACUAACUGGGUGUUACAUCGGGACUUGAAACCAGCAAACAUCCUGGUAACGUCAAGUGGGGCUAUCCGAAUUGGUGACUUGGGUCUUGCUCGUCUGUUUUACAAGCCCCUCAAUUCUCUCUUCUCCGGAGACAAAGUCGUCGUCACGAUCUGGUAUCGUGCCCCGGAAUUGUUGAUGGGCAGUCGACAUUACACCCCAGCAGUCGAUCUCUGGGCCGUUGGAUGCAUCUUUGCAGAACUGUUAUCCCUUCGACCCAUCUUCAAAGGCGAGGAAGCCAAAAUGGACAGUAAGAAAACAGUACCAUUCCAGCGCAACCAGAUGAUGAAGAUCAUCGAAAUCAUGGGCUUUCCAAGGAAGGAAACUUGGCCAGGACUGGUAUCGAUGCCCGAAUACUCGCAGCUUCAGUCCUUGGCCUUAUCACGCGGUCAUGGCCACUUCAACAGGCCGUCAAACCUAGAAGGCUGGUACACGGGCUGCUUGAAGAACAACGGAUACUCGACGACAUCCAACGCAGGAACACCUGGCGCUGAUGGCUACGACCUCCUAUCGCGGUUGCUCGAAUACGACCCUACCAAGCGGAUUACUGCGAAGGAAGCACUGGAGCACCCGUACUUCCAAAACGGCGGCCCCAUCCCCGCAAAUUGCUUUGAGGGAUUUGAGGGCAAGUAUCCACACCGUCGUGUUACUCAAGAUGACAACGACAUGCGAACCGGCAGCUUACCUGGGACCAAACGGAGUGGAUUGCCGGAUGAUAGCUUGAUGGGAAGGGCAGCGAAACGUCUCAAAGAGUGAGAUAUGCAGUUGUUCAUGCCUCUUAGCACUGUUUUAUGUUUUUAGCAUUUUUCACGAGGAUAGCAUACUAGAUUAUUUCGGUGUUGGCGUUUGUUAUUUAGCUAUUCGGUUUCACUCUACAUUGUUAAUGGCAUUAGCAUUUCUCAGCGGAUCUAUCCUAUCUCCACCAAUUCAAACCCAAAACCAGACCAACAAAAAAGAGAACCAAAAAGACAAAAAAGCUCACCCCAAUCCCAAUUCUCCUUCCUAUAAGGUGGAAGACCGUUCAAUGAGAGGCUACGAAAUCCCGACGUAGUCGUAAGGAUUUACAGACGGAUCCCAGUGAGAACGCUGGUCGAAAUUCGACUAGUUACGGGGUAAUCGAACCCAGGGCUCCUGCGUUUGGUCAAGUGAUCAGAUCACUCGGCCACAGUCACCCUGGGUUUGUUACCCGAUUGGGAAGGCACGUGGUUAGAUUGGUUGGGGGUGGUCAACAUAUAUGUAUUGUCC